AUGGAGAAGGUGGAAGCUCCUCUGGAAGCCUUGGGUAUUCCUGCAGAUGCCUUCACCAACGAUGGCAUUCUUAAGAAGCCAUUGAACGCCUUUCGCAUCUGGCUCGGGAAUACUACUCGGAACCAGAGGCUAGCGAUGGCAGGUGAAGCGGGCUUCGAACACAGUCACACGUUGACCUUACAGAGUCGCGUCUUCAAAGAGGUGCUCGAUCAGGACACCCGCAAUGCCUAUGUGGACCAAGCCCGGGCGCAGAAGUCUCUGUACAAAGAACGAGAGAGCAUCCUGAAGAGCGCCGGAAUGCUUGAUGCGCUACGCCCCAUGAGGAAGCGACCCAGCAACGCCACAGACGACUCGGCCAAAUUUGCGGACGACGAGUGCGACGAGCAGUCUGACCAGCAUGACUGCGAAGAAAUCUUGAUGGGCGGUACGUCGCCCAAGAUCCUUCCAUUGGCCAAGCGCGGGAAAGGCUCGAAAGCAAGCAAGAGUCCGACUGUCUUGAAGAGAGCAGUCAGAUCCACUCCGUCCACUCAGCUCGCUGGCAAACGCAUCAAGAUCAAAGGUCGCCCUUCCGGAAGGCCUGCUCCUACUGGCCUAGUCUGGUCGCAAGAUCUCGAGCUAGGAAUUGGCUCCAAUGCUCUCGAAACGCCUCGAAAUGACGAGCUAGCGAUUGCGGGUGCGCGAAGGCUAUCUAGCCUAAGUGCGGCUGGCGUUUUCGUCAAUCGUUCGAGUUGGUCACCGUCGGAUCUUUCAACAAGCCAGACCACGGUGCGUGGCAGCCAGCUUGCAGCCAGCACUCCUUGUUGGGGCCAGAUCCCAUGGGCCAACGACGGGACCAGUGGUUCCGCUUCUCCUGGCGAUACGUCCGUUAUGGCUUAUCCAACUCGAAACACUCGCCGAGCAUCGUCUGAGCCCAGUUGCAUGGCGUUCGAGUACAUGUUUGCUGAUGAGCCUCCAGAGCCUUGUAUCGACCUCGUCCCUGUAAGUGCCAAGCAGGUGUCCUUGUCGCCAAAGUGGACCUGACGAGUAGACUGUCUUGUGCCUCCAGUCACAGCCACGUGAGCAGAAGCGACCACUCAAAAAAGAGAAGCGACCGAACGAUGGGAAGUCGCCCCUUGAGCACAUGCAUGCUGCAGAUGUGUCUAUGCAAUCCCAGCUGCCGCAUACCACGGACGAUGGUGCACCACCUCUGCAACGCUUGAUCGAUCGUUACCAACGUCAUCGCCAAGAAUUUUCGGAGCAGGUCAGUGCAGCCAAAGAACACGGUCCCCCCAUGGAGAUGUCAGCGGCAAGCUCGUACCUUCCCUCGAUCCCCAUCGUUGGAUCUGAGGACCUCAUCCCCUCGACCAACAUCAUCGUCGACGAUUGGUACCCGCCCACCUUUGAGGAUCAACGAGCAGAGGACUUUGAGCUGUUCGGACACCUUCGCCAUGAUGAAGACUUUUUCACUCCACACAACGACUUUGCCCUCGGUGCAAGGAUGCGCUUCUCGCAGAGAGACCUCCAAGAAGGCUAUGGAGUCGGUGAGGAUGUUGAUCCCUUCUUAGCUUGGAUGCCCGACUUGUCUACCACUCCAGAGAACGGCAACGCGGUGAGCGACAUGCGUGGCGAGGAUUCGCCGCUUGCUCAGAGCGCUUUUGCGCCGAUUUGA